AUGGGGAUCAAGGUGGGCGACACGGUGCUCGUGUACUACGACCUGCUGAUCUUCGACGCCGAGGUGCUCAAGAUUGAGCCCGCGGAGGACGGCGCGCCAGACGCCAGGAGGUUCUUCGUGCACUUCACGGGCUGGUCCGAGAGCUGGGACGAGUGGAUUGAGCAGGAGAACGUGCUGGAGGACACGCCGCCCAAUCGCGAGCGCCAGAAGAAGGCCAAGGAGGAGCUGCUGGUGCACAAUUCAAUGCCCAACGGGACCUCGCAGCAACAGCAACAGCAGCAGUCGCAGCCAAUGCAGCAGGACGCGGCGGCCAGCAAGAGACCCAUCACCCUGCCCGGCUCGGAGCGGCUCGUGGCCUUGAUCGGCUGGAUGAAGACGCUGGACGACUCGCUCACGAGAGUCGACAAGCAGGUGAAGGGACUCAUGCGCGAGCAGAUUAGUCAGGAGGCGGGCAACGUCCAGCUCAAGAAGAGGAAGGCAGAGGCGGAGGUGCAGAAGGCAGAGCUCGAGGUGGAGGUGGCCAGAGAUCUCAAGCGCGUCAAGGUGGCCGAGGAGACCGCCAUGGCGCGGAAGAGACUCAGAGACGCAGGCAUCUCGCAGGAAGAGAUCGACGCCAUUCUACCCGCUGCUGCUAGAUAG